AUGUCUUGAUCCCACCAACCACCCUUGGUUACAAGCGUCUCAUCAAAUGAGGGAAUCUCCUGGACUAAAGUAACAAUUAGAGGGGAGAACCUGGGAACAGGCCCAGUGAACUUAAUAGGUUUGACAGUUUGUGGACACAAUUGCCUUCUGACUGCAGAGUGGAUGUCUGCCAGUAAAAUUGUGUGUCGAGUGGGACCAGCUAAGAAUGAUAUGGGCAACAUUGUUGUCACAACCAAGUCAGGUGGCAAAGGAACUUCUAUAGUCUCUUUUAAGCUUCUUAAGCUGGAAAAAAUAAGUAUCUUAGAUCAGUCGACCAUCUGGGUGGAUGAACUGAACUAUUACAAUGUGCACACUGACAGGAAUAAAGGGAUUUCUCCCUUUUCCCUACAGCCAGCUAACCUGCUUGGCAUUGAAAUUGAGAAAUCUGAAACUGGAAGAGAGGGCACCUUGUCCCAAUUGGAUGAAAGUUUAAAACAGCUUCGGUUCCUCGGGAAUACAGCUGAAUGCCUAUUAGCCUUACAUCAAGAAAAUUUAUUGCAGUCAUUUGGGGAUGGCUGCAUAACUGAUAUAAUAAAUGCAGUCAUUUCAUUUUUCUACACGCUUUAUGAGUUCUUAAGACGGGUUUAUAUCUGGGAAAGCCUUAAGGAAAAAUGGUUGAAACUUGAGUCCAUCCAUCAGAAACUGGAAGCGGAUGAAAUGGAAAAAGUAGAAGGAUCUAUGACACAGAAACUGGAGAAUAUACUGAACAGGGCAACUACUACAGCUGAUACAUUGUUUCAAGAAGUAUUGGGUCGAAAAGACAAGGCAGAUUAAACUAGAAAUGCACUUAAUGUUCUUCAGCGGUUUAAGUUUCUUUUCAACCUUCCUCUGAAUAUCGAAAGGAAUAUUUAGAAGGGUGAUUACGAUGUCGUCAUCAAUGACUAGGAAAAAGCCAAGUCACUUUUUGGAAAAACAGAAGUUCAGGUUUUCAAGAAAUAUUAUGCUGAAGUAGAAGCACGAAUUGAAGCCUUAAGAGAACUACUUCUAGACACAUUACUGGAGACUCCAUUGACCUUACAUGAUCAGAAAUGUUACAUAAGAUAUCUUUCCAGUCUCCAUGCAGAUGGUGACCCUGCUUGGCAGUGUAUUGGAGCCCAGCAUAAGUGGAUCAUUCAACUCAUGCAUAAUUGCAAAGAAGGUUAUGUGAAAGAACUGAAAGGUUAUCCUGUGCUACACAGCACCAUACUGGACAUGGAUGGGGACGCCCGACCCUCUUCUUUGAGCCACCUCAGUCAGACAGCUUCACUGAAACGGGGCAGCAGCUUCCAAUCCGGCAGAGAUGACACUUGGAGAUAUAAACUUCCACACCAAGUGGCCUUUGUUGAGAAGUUGACCAAGCUUGUUUUAUGUUAGCUCCCUAAAUUCUAGAAACUCUGGAUUUCCUAUGUAAAUGGAAGCCUUUACAGUGAGGUAUCUGAGAUGUCAGGCCACAUGGAAAGAUCAAAGAACAUAAGGCAAAGGCAAAAUUACUUCAAGAAAAUGAUUCAGGAGGUGAUGUACUCCUUGGUGAAACUGAUCCGUGGAGCGUUGCUUCCUUUCAGUCUCAGAGAAGGAGAACUGAAACAGUUUGGGAGAUGGAAGAUGACGUCUGAACUCUCUGGCCAGUGUCUAACUCAUGUCAUUCCCACUGUAAGGCUUACUUCUGAAUCUUUGACUGCCCUUGAAAUUCCAAAUGAUUUGUUACAAACUAUCCAGGACCUUAUUUUGGAUCUAUGAAUCCAUUUUGUAAAGAUCACCUUACAACACACAGCUGAAGAUACAAGAGAUAAGUCGAAAAAAGAAGACUGGAUUAUUGAGAAUGAAGGACUGACCUCUCUGCCAUCUCAAUUUGAACAGUGUAUUGUGCAUUCCUUACAGUCAAUCAAAGGAGUUCGAGAGUGCAAAUCUGGAGAGACUAAUGUUUUUAAGCAACCUAAAACCCUGGAGGAGGUUUGCCAAUUGAGCAUUAAUAUCAUGCAGGUUUUUAUACAUUGCCUGGAACAAUUGAGUACCAAACCCGAUGGUGAUAUAGAUACUACCCACCUUAUACUUGAUGUUUCUUCUCCCGACUUAUUUGGAAGUAUCCAUGAAGAUUUCACUUUAUCUUCAAUAAGUGGGAUUUUGAUUGUUUUAAGUAACUGCAGUUAUCUGGAACGCCAUACCUUCUUAAAUGUAGCUGAACAUUUUGAGAAACAUAGCUUUCAAGGAAUUAAAAAAAUAACUCAGGUUAGCAUGGCAUUAUUAAAAGAACUCGAUGAAAGACUGUUUGAAAAUUACACUGAGUUGAAAGCAGAUCAAAACAGAGCGAGCAUUCGAGUAAUUCAAUCAAGAAGUUACAUAAAAAAUGCCAUUUCAGGGGAACAGAAUCUCCUGGCUGCAUUAAUAGCCCCCAACUCAAUUAACUGCCUGAAAAUCUUUCUUUACCCUUUAAUUGUUUCAAAACUUAAGAAGGCUAUUAUGUUUCCAGAAUCACUUCAGUCGUUAGAACCAAAGAAACAUUAUGAACAAAAUGAGGAAUUCCCAGGGGAGAUUUUAGUUCCUCAAAAGGAAGGUUGUAGAAUUCUUAAACGUCAUUGCAAUAUUCACAUUCAGCAAAUGUCAAUUCUAUUGUUUGCUGCAAAUUCGGUGAUUUUGUGGAGUCAGAUCAAGUUAGUCUGUUACUUGGGUCACAAAGUUGAGAGGAAAAGUAGUGUGGGACUAUUGCCUCUUUCCAAAGACUUUAGAAGUCAGAAUGGAGUUUCGUCCAUUCUGAUGGAGAGAGUAUUGGUUAUCAAAUACGCCGAGUGUGCUUCUAAGAUUGUCAGGAACUACCUAAAGGAAGCCUUGGUGAAUAUAAUUGCUGCGAAUGCCGAGGUAUUCACCAUUUCUAAGGACUUAGUCCCUCUGGUGCUCUCCAAGAGUGAAGCUGUCUUUGAUGAACUAAGUUGACUGAUGCAAUGUGUUUCAUCUUUCAGCAAAAAUGGAGCUUUGCAGUCUGAACUGGCAGGUCACCUGGGAUCUCAUCUCUACAAAGUUCAUGGUGCCGGAGAAUUCAAAGACAUUGAAAAUCAAACCUUAGCAAUUGCAUAUCAAAAAAUCACUUCCAUUGAAAGUAGAGUGAACAGAUUUAGGAAUCUGAUAUUUGUACGCCCAUCAGUGAGAGAACAGCUGGAGACUCAAUCUCCCAAACUCCAUUUUAACCAUUCUAAUGUCUCCAACUUGCUCACAGAGCUCUAUUCCCAGCAUGCCUUGUGCACCGUGGGCUACCCACCUGGACUUAAGCCACUGCUCCUCGUGCCUCAGACCUACCCACCAGAUGGGCUGCAUGAUUACUCCGGACACCAGCUGUCCCCAGUCCUGAGAGAGUUUGGCCUGGAAUUCGAGGAAGACAAGGCCAUUUGUGAGAAACUGGUGUUGUGUCUCAUGCACCGGAUGAAGGAUGACAAACUGGCUAGGGAGCUCAUAGCCUACAAAAUGAACAAAAGAGAAGUGCGCAUCACCCUGGAGCUCCUGAACGCCUUUGAGCAUGAAUUUGGAAAACAGGAGGACGAUCACAGCCAAGAGAGGCGGCAGGCAUUCUGGGCCAAGAGACAUCACUUCCAUUCAGGAACUUAUUGA